AUGAAUGCGAGGAUUCUUAAUACAAGCGAUAAAUUUCAAAAUGCCUUUUUAUCGGACAGCACUCCUAGUAGCGGAAUGGAUGAUUCAGAGAGUUCUGAAGAGGAAGUCAGCCCAGCUUCAGGUCCAGAGAGGUCGAUCAGGGCAUCUACAGAUCUUCAUAGGGUAUCUGAUGUGACUGUUUCCAGGCUUAGGGAUAGCAAUAAUGAUCCUCCAAGAGAGUACUCACAAGAUGAUAGCUCAGCCUCUAACUUUAAGAUGAAUUCAGAGUUCAGAUCUACUCAUAGAUACAGAAGAACAAGGGAAGGCAAAGAAGAGAAUAAAGAGGGUGAGUAUUCCUCCUCAGAAGAAGAGUCUAAAGAAGCAGUUGGACUUGAAAGUAUCCAGUUGAAAGAGAAGGAUUCUGCGAUGAAUAUCAGGCACGGGGCUGUCAAUCUGAAAUCAAUUGAUUUCUUCAAUAUUAAUGCUACAAGAUACACUGAGAAUGUUAAGUACGACAAAAUCAAACAAGAAUUUCAAUGGGUGUGAUACAUGCUCAGAGUCGACCCUAAAAAGGUUAAUAAAGACAGAAUGACAAUUGGGACUAUUGGGCUCCCUCACCUUCUCAAUUUUGAGGACAAGAAAUAUCUCCAAAAUGGAAAAUUUGGAGGUAUCUUUCACAAAAUGCAAGAAGCCCAAAAUGCCCCAAAUAGUGAAGAGUACCAAGGAUACACUAAUGGAUGUCAAUAUACCAUAAAUUUUGAUCAUAAUGCAGUUCAACAGUUCAGAAAUAUGAGGUUUAACAAGACCGUUGGCAAUACCGCCAAGAUGAAUAGCAGGCCUCGUUACGUUAAUGAAAUCCAAUCGUUUGACUUCAAGAUAGAUACAUUAGAUAUAAUCUUUGAGCUAGAUGCUAGAGCAAGAAUAGGGAUGAAUGUCAAGAAACCCAAGUAUUACUGCCAGAUCAACGUCUUUGAGACACCUCAAGAUUUAGAAGCCAAAAUAGAGAUGAUCACUAAUGGAGCAUUCAAUAAGGAAAAGCAUAUCCUGAAAGUUAAAGGAAUCCUCUCUUACUUCUUUGGAACAGAAACACUCAUUAACUUUGAAUCUGUAUAUGAGUGUGUCAUUAGGAAGGAAAGCUUAGAACUUGAAGCCGAAGAUAAAAGGAAGAAAUCCCAUGGCGAUGAAGAGACUGAUGAAGACAGAGUCUACUUCUGGACAUCUACAGAUUCGCAGUGGAAGGACGAAAAUGACACUAAUCGCUACUAUGAGAAUCUCCAGGAUUUUGGAAAUGACUAUUCCAAGACAAAAAUGAUAGGCAUCAUGACAGAUAGAGAAGAGAUGAGCAAGAUCAUCACAGGCAAUAUUAAUGAAUUCCUCACUAUCCCUCUCAUGGGAUGGGAUGGCCUUCAUCAGUUACUUAAAUUUGUGUGCAGAGACGAAGUCAAAAUCCCUAAGGAAUGUAUUGCUGAAGCAUUCUUUGAUAACUCAAACGAAUUUGAAGGGCUAGAUGAAGAUUCUCAAAAGAGCUUAUCAAGGUUAUCGGAAGGGGAAAUCAAAACUCUCAAAUUAUUCUCUGAUAAAGUGCAUCAGAAUGUCAAAGAGAAAGAUGCUUCAGAGUUUAUAUAUAUCCUUAUAGAGACAAUGAUUUUGGUUGGGCCUAAUUUGGUUGCCAAAACUAGAGAUAAUCAUAUCUACAUUGCAGAGGAUACUACAAAGACCCACGACAAUCGAGCAUCUGAGUUCUUUGAUAUUUAUGACAUGUACUUGACUAAUAUGUCUGACAGAUUUCAAUUCUCGUACUUGCCAAAGGAAGCAAGGCUUGGAUUCAACGUAUGGAUAAUGAGCACAAAUUACGAACUUAUUUGCCUAGGGUCAGCUGGAAUAAGUCUGUUUGACCAGAAUGGGAAGCUUAAGCAAGGCCCUCAGGAAUUAGUAUUAUGGCCUCUAAAGCCAUUCCCGACUGACAUCUCAUGCUAUGGGUGUAAUAUCAUCGAUGAUGAAGAUAACCCAAGAUUCACUUUAAAUGUAUGCCUAUGGGAGUUUGACACAGAAUAUGUAUAUGGUAGAGAGCCCAGAAAAGAUAAAGAAGAACCAGAGAAUAUGUAUAAAUUUCAAAAAGCUGAAAAAGUUGAGCUUUUUGAGUCCAGGCACCAAUACCAAGAUGACCCCAAUAGGCUGCCUAUUAUAUUGAAGACUGUUAACUGGUGAUGUAGUACAAUGAGAAAUGAAGCAUUAAAAUCAUUGGUGAAUUGGGUUGAUAUUCCAGAUAGCCAUGCCUUAAGUCUUUUGCAACAUGAAAUAUCAGAUUCAUUAGUCAGAAAAUUCGCUGUGGACAAGCUGAGUAAAUGCUCUAAUCGUUUGCUGGCUAAUUUCAUGCCUCAGCUAGUGCAAGCUUUGAAAUUCGAAGCUCACCAUUACUCAGAUUUGGGCCAAAUGUUACUCACAAGGUCUUUAAGAAGCCCCUGAAUUGUUGGACAUGCUUAUUUCUGGGCACUGAAUGCCUCACUUUAUGACCCAUAUUCUUUUGAAAGACUCUAUUUGCAUUAUGAAAGGCUCUUAUUCUUAGGUGCUCAUUUCAGAGCUGACCUAUAUCUUCAAUGAUUUGUUAAUGAUGAAAUGAUCAAAAUAAACCUUCUAGCUUGUCAGAAGAAGAACACUACAGAUGAGGAGUUUCGCGAAGGAUUGGACUUCGAGCUGAAGACAGUGUUCAAAAACAAGACACCUCAGAAUGAACCAAAUAGUAAUAUGAGAGGGGCUAUGACGGCUUGAAACAAUUACUUUGUGCUACCCCAUAUUCCUCAUAUACCUUUGAAAUCAGUUAAGAAGCUCAAAAUUCUUGCCUCGAAGCAGAAGCCCUUCAUGCUGGAGUGCGUCGUCGGCCAAGAAAAUGACGAUCUUGAAGAAGAGAAAAAUAAUGGCAAGAAUUCAGAACCUGAGAAAACUAUUGAAGCAUUAUUUAAGAAGGGAGAUGACCUUCGGAAAGACCAAAUUGUGAUCCAAUGCCUCAAGAUUUUUGACCAGUUGUGUCUCGAAGAGUCUCUGAACCUCAACAUUACUGAUUACACCGUGCUUGCCACUGGAUUUAAGUUUGGAUACAUCGAGUUUGUAGGUAACAAGGAGGAUCUGGUGGCCAUUCACAAGAAGCAUUCUUCCUUCUGGGACUGCUUGUUCGAGAAUAGUUUGAUUAACAACCUCAAAACUAUCAUUAAGAAUAAAUAAAGACAAUGAGCCAAGCAAGGAAUCUGAAAAUCAAAAGAAUAAGGGCAUCCUCGGAAGAAUCGACACCAACAGAAAUGACACAGUCGAAAGCAACGAUCUGCUGGAUAAAUCAGAUGAAGCCCGCAAGAAGGAAGAGGAAUGGAGCAAGUACUUAGAUCACUUUUCCAGAAGCAUGGCUGGAACUAUAGUAACUAGCUUCAUGCUGGACCUUGGAGACCGUCAUUCAGGGAAUCUUUGUGUGCAACAAAAGAACUUUACUAUUUUUCAUAUUGACUUUGGACAUAUCUUAGGACACAAGAAGUCUAAGUUUGGGUUCAAACGAGAAGUUGAGCCCUUUAUUUACCUCAAAGAGAUGCAUAAUUUGAUAAAGUAUAACCCAGUGAUGAAUAAGACUCAGAAAGGAUAUAACUACAACUACAUUAAACUACAGGAAUAUUGUGGAGAGGGCUUUAACAUUGCAAGAGCAAACUUCUUAGUAUUUGAGAACCUCCUAAUCUUAAUGCUGCCUGCACAUAUUCGUGAAGUUGAUGAGGAAUCUAUUAACAAGACUAUGAAGAACUUCAUGCUAGAUAAACCUGACUACAUGGCCAAGCUCAAGAUGAAGGAGUUGAUCGAUAAGGCUUUUAGAGUGAAGAGAAGAAGAUUUGAUAAUUGGUUCAGAUUGAAAUGUGAAUGGACCAAGAAGUUGAGCCUGGGAUGUCUGUUUUUCUGCUGUAAGAAGGAUGAAGAUGAAAUAAAAGAGCCCAAACGAAAGAAAUUUGAGAAGAGGAGAUAUGCCAUACUCGAUCAAAUUAGAGAAUAA